AUGGCCGAUAACCUUCGCAAGAACCUGGGGAAGUCCCAAGUCCAAAACCACAUGUGCGAAGAAGAACAGCGUGCAAGAUCGAGCGAUAAAUUCAGCCACUGGAACCAAGCCCUAGACGCAUAUGCCAAUGGUUGGAAGCGGCCGACCCCCCAGUUCCCAAUCGUCAUCUCCGCCAACAGCCCAAUAUCAACGCCACAGAAACUGAAGGAGAUAGCAGGGCUGGACACCACGUCUGAGGUCAUCGAAACAACCUACACGACCCUUGAUGGGGACCCCGAUCCGAACCACCUUGACGGGAACGGGAAGCCGGCAAAAGUCAGGGUCAGCUUGGUUGGCUGGGACCAGCUACAGACUAUCCGAGGCAAGACUGACUUCGAGCACUUUUCGUUUGUACGGCUUGAAGGGAAGGUUCGCGGGGUGACUCUGGUUACAUCGUUGACCAAAAGUGAUAAAACUUAA